AUGGAAGAAUAUGAAGCAUGCAUCAUAGGUAUCCGUACAGCCAUAGAACACAAGAUUAAAGUACUAGAGGGGUAUGGGGAUUCUGCACUUGUGAUCUAUCAACUCAAAGGUGAAUGGAAAACGAGUGAUCCCAAACUGAUCAAUUAUCAUAGGCUGGUUCUUGAGUUAAUUGAGGAGUUUGAUGAUAUCGAGUUUGAUGAUAUCACUUUCUGCUACCUACUACGAGAUGAAAAUCAGAUGGCUGAUGCCCUGGCUACUUUAGCUUCCCUGGUCAAAAUGAACAAACAAGAGGAUGUAAAACCUAUCCAGAUGAGUAUUUAUGAGGCUCCAGCUCAUUGUUAUUACAUCGAGGAAGAGGAAAAGAAUGAUCACCCUUGGUACCACGAUAUACUGCAAUAUGUAAAGAAUCGUGAAUAUCUUGAUCAGGCGACCGAGAAUGAUAAAAGGACGCUGAGGAGACUGGCCAAUGACUAUGUCUUAAAUGGAAAGAUCCAAUAUAAAAGAAGAAAGGAUCAGGGCAUGGAUGUCAUUGGGUCAAUCACGCCAAAAGCUUCUAGUGGGCAUCGAUUCAUCUUUGUGGUCAUUGAUUACAUCACCAAGUGGGUAGAGGUCACUUCUUACGCCAAUGUCACGAGGUAG